AUGUCUCCCCUGGCUGAUAUUUAUGUCAGUUAUCAGGAUAAAGAUGGACUGUCGAACAUCUGGGUUGGCGAUGUUCAUAUUGAUGAUGUUACGGAAUCGAGUGCCAGGGUGGUACCAGCUCUGGAGCCUCCUUACUACCCGCGGGCUUCCCCGUCAUCGAUGUUAUCAGCCGAUGCAGACUGCCGUCGUUGUGUUGCCCUAAACUACGUAUGGGGUGUGGAGAAUGCGCGAUCACCGUCGCUGCUUGCAGCCACCCGUGCGACGAUUAAAUCAGAUCGAGGCGAUGAACAGUAUCUUUUCCUCAGCACAGAUUGUGCUCAUAGCAGCAUACGGCGAUGGCAUGGAUUUUGGAAUCCCGGGUGUCAACAGUUUGAAAAGAGAGGGGUAGUUCAGGAAAAUGCAAAUAUUCUGGAUUUGAGAAUUAGAAACGUCGUUAGAGAAGCUGAGGUUGACCCCCUGACAGUGUGGGAAACAUGUGGAUGGACAUACCAGGAAGCAGUUCUCUCGCGAAGGCGACUCUAUUUCACAAAUACACGCGCUGUUUUCGAAUGUAAACGAUCAAUGUGCCAUGAAGAUCAGUUCAAUGGCAUUACACUUCCCAAAAGCUCAAGCAUCGAUCUGGCGCGACCGAUCUUACCGACAUCGUCAUGGUCUUCGAUUAUGGGACUAUCUGAUGAUCAGAUUCACUACCAAGCAACAGGUUUCUACGGAACUUUAGUGCCCUGGCAUGAUAUAACUUCAACAGUCCCUCCCCCAUCUGGGUCGAUAGAGGUCUUCAACAUUAGCCCUGAUUCCAAUAAUCCGGAUGAUGACUGGCAGAUCUAUAUGGCCAUUGCAUGUAGGGAAGGAUGUGUGGAAGAACAUAUACCGUCACUCCUUUUCUCCCCCACGACUCAUGACUUCGGAGGGGUUCGUGCGAUGUUCGACAUGCGCUGGAGAGAUUCCUCUAGCUUCUGCAAGGAGGCGAUACCUUCAACCACCAAGGCAAGUGAAUUACCACUACCAACAGUUACACAUGUUACAAAAGUAAGACCGGGAGGAAUCAUAGCAAGAAAAUGCCAAGCAGCGUUUCUCCAUAUGUCUCCAAGGCCUUCAAAUUCCUUCAACAUCAACGAAGAUGGAGAACGAAUCGGGGAAAUUGUGCAGGGAUACAGUAAAACUCAGAAGAGAACAGGCUCUGGCUGCUUCGCCUGGCCAUAG